AUGACGUUACCGAGAAAUGCUGACUACCGCAACUUCUCAAACAGAGAAGUGCGUUUCGCGUUUCUGUGCAUGCUUCACGUUGGCGGACUCCGACCAUUGCGGGGUUCCUGCGAGCGCCCACGCAGAGCGGGCUAUCUAUUUCCUGUAACAGACAUCGUUGCUGACGUCCGAGGGGUCCAAGAAGGGCCGGGCCGACAGAAGAGUAUUGCGCAUCCGCAUCCGUAACAGCGCGGACCAGCAAACGGUCGGCAAUCUCUGA